GAGUAUCUUUCUUCUCAUCUCAGUGGACAAUUUUAGUUUGUUUGUAAUGGCUGAGUCGUCGACGAUCCAAGUAAGUCUGGUUCGUUGUCCCAAGUGCAAGAAUCUCUUACAGGAGCCUAAAGAUUGCCCCUUUUUUCAGUGUGGUGGUUGUGGAACUGUUCUUUGCGCCAAGAACAAGGACCGUGAAGCUGAUUUAUUGUCGGUUAAGUCCGUAGAAAAUAGAGCCAAAGAAACUCAAGUUAAUUCUGGUUCAAUUGAUGGAGAAUCUGAUUCAGAUGCUUCAUUAAGACACCAACAAAAUGGUCAAACAGAGACUUGGGAUGUUCACAGUGAUCCUACUUCGAAACUGAAUGUUGUUGAUCCGGGUAAUAACGAUUCUCAACCAGGUUUGGAUCGGUUUAGGCAAAGAACAACAAAGAGAUGCGAUUUCCAAGGUUUCAGAUUCUCCACUUCUAACUACUUUACAGAUUCUCUGUCUAGUGAUGAAGCAAUUGAGCAAGACAGAGCUGGACUGGUGAGAAAAUUGGAUAAGCUAAAAGAACAGCUUGAUCAACCUAAAGAGCAGCAGAUCCCGAGUCCGUCUCCAAGAUUCGAAAAGGCUCCAUUGCGGGUUUUCAGUUCCGGGAAACAUAUUGUAGGUCCUUCCUGUUACCAGUAUUAUCCAGAACCCGAGCCUCCAUGUCUUUAUAACAAUGACGCUGAUGUUUCUCUACGUGGUCCGAUGCUUAAACCGGCUCAUGUUCCAGCAUAUGGAGACCCUCACGGGUUCCAAAUGCAUGAAAGAACUCUGCAGCCAUCUCAUCUGCACAACUCUAGACAGUAUAUUGGCAAUAAUGGUCAUGAUUUGUUUGAUACACAUCCUGGAAAUGGGAUGUUUCAUCAAUCAACUUGCUCUUGUUCCCACUGCUAUGAUCCAUAUCAUAGAGCUUCGGGCUCAGUGUUUCCUCCCUCAGGGUUACCUGAUGCUCUGCGUAAUGCCGGUUUUUACCCUCAUGAGAGAAGUUUUGGGUUUGGUACUUCAUUGCAUGGUCCGAGAACCUUUAUUCCUCCUGGUUCUCAAUCUCCCGGUCCACAGCUCCAACGAAGAUGCCCGAGUGGAUUUAAGGAUACGGGAAUGAAUGCAAUUUCUCGUGUUCACCUCCCUAAACGUGUAUCAUCUUCAGGUGGCUCUCGCCUAAUUUACCCUGUGGCUGGUGGUGCACCAUUUAUAAACUGUAUAAACUGCUUCAAACUUCUGAAAUUGCCAGACAAAAUAGAUUCUGCUACGAGAAAGAAACAGAGAAUGCGCUGCGGAGCAUGCUCUUGUGUAAUAGGUUAUACCUUUGUUGAUAAGAAACUCAUUCUCUCUACAGAUCCUGCUUCAGUAAGAAAAGCAGAAACUCAUAGUAGCCUGCGUUGGGAAACUACUGCUAACUUCUCUUCUGAUGACUAUGAUAAUGCUGCUUACGAAUUCCAUGCAAUGGAUAGAGGACCAGCCGAUGUAUCAACUGGUCUGGCUUUGAUCUCCAACAAAGCUCAAGAAAUGCAGAUUGCGGAUCCUACUUCUCCUAGCGUGUCUGAAGAUGAGUUAAGUUCAGACAGUUCAACAGUUAGGAAAGUUACUCCUGAUUCGCCUCUUCACAAAUACUCUGAAUACUCUUCGAUCAAUAUAAGGGACCGGUCUGGGCCAAGGAGCCGAAGCUCUCGUUCAGAACAGGACAGGGUCACACUGAGCAAAACAUCCAUGAGACAGAACUCUAUGAAAGAAGCUUCAGUUGCAAUUGAGAUGGACGUUAAUGACUACUCUCACAACAAUGAAGUGUCACAAGAUUCUGCAAAUGACUAUACAGAUGAUCAGGGAAGAACCAAGAAGGCCGGAUUUGCGAGUAUCGUGAAGAAUAGCUUCAAGGAUCUGAAGAAAUCCAUACAGAACGAAGGCAGAAGUGAUGUCUCAAUAAAUGGGCAACCUGUAGCUGAACGUCUUGUGAAAAUGGCAGAGAAGCAGGCUGGACCAAUCCGACCAGGAAACUACUGGUACGACUACAGAGCUGGAUUCUGGGGAGUAAUGGGAAGUCACUGCCUUGGAAUACUACCGCCUUUCAUUGAAGAGCUCAAUUACCCAAUGCCAGAGAAUUGCGCUGGCGGAACCACAAGAGUCUUUGUGAACGGAAGAGAGCUUCACCAGAAAGACCUGCGCUUGCUCACCGCCAGAGGUCUCCCACGGGAUAGAGAUCGAUCCUACACUGUUUACAUCUCAGGUAGAGUCAUAGACGAAGAUACCGGUGAAGAGCUAGAUAGUCUUGGCAAACUCGCCCCAACGGUCGAUAAGCUAAAGCGUGGGUUUGGGAUGAGAGUUCCGAGGAGAGCUGCAUGAAGAAUCUUAGAAAUGUUCAUGAGCCUCUCCGUUGUGUUGUUGUAUUCUCUGAACAUCCGUGUUAGAUUAUCCUAACAUUACUAGGCUAAACUUUUUUCUAACUCUAGAGAGCCUUAUGAUCAAUGUAAAGAAUGAGAAAGUGGAAAAUGAAAUAUCAUUAUUAGU